GAGAGGAGGGCUGACGGUCCAGUGCGCUGGGGGCCGCCGGGGCGCCCGAGGCUGCCCAAGCGCAGCGCACCGGUGCCCCGAGUGCGCCCCGGGUUGCCGUCGAGGCGGGCCGCGGACGCACUGGACGGGGAACUGGGGGUGGAGAUGCCGCGAGGGCGAGGGAGGAAGGGAGCUGGGCGACCCGGGUAGCGGGAGUCCGUGUGUCUGUGUGUCUGUCGGUCCCCUCUGGCUCUCGGCGUGCGCCCGAGGCUGCGGGAGAGGCGCCCGCUCAGGCCCCCGCGCCGGGUCGGCAGCGGCACGUGGGGCCCACAGCGCGGCAGCGGUGCGGGCGAAGGGAGGCCCGUUUCUCUCUUUGGUUAUCUAGCUGUAUGAGUGCCACAGAGCCGUCAUAAAGCUAGAUAACCGAAAGUAGAAAUGACUCUCACAACUUCUGCGUGCGAUCGCCCGCCCGGCCGCCCUGGCCACAGGAGCCAGAGGAGUCCAGAGAAGCCCACGCCACCCAGGGACUCCAACUGGAUGGAGCGGCCGCGCCCGGACCAGGUAUCCGACCUCGGCUUUCCCGGGGACACCCACCGUGUUCUGGAGGCACUCCCUUCCCCUCCUCCUCGUUCCCUGCCCCCUACCCCCAUUCCCCAGCGCCGAGGCUGGAACCCCAAAGUGGAGUGGGCUGGGGGCAGGGAGCGGGCUGGGGUUGCGGAGGGGUCGCUGGCGGGGAAGGCGCCAGCCUUUGCCUUCACCCCAUAAAUCAGGCUCGAACAAUCCGCGC